UUGAACUGUCGUCCCACUAAUGAAGACACUGGUUCUCAGUACAGUAGCUCUGCUACCUCCUCGCUCUCAAACAACAACCACGAAGUACCAGCUAAUACAUCGUACAACCAGCAAGUACCAGUUAUUAUAACUACGACUACUACCAGAGCAAAUACUAGCAACACUGAAAAUACUACGAGAGAUAAAAAGAGGAUGAGAGAUUUCUAUAUAGCUAUAUCUGAAAAUAAAUAA